AUGGACAAUGCAUCUUUGGAAAGCCGUUUAUAUGAAGAAGCUCGUCAGUUCAACGAUAUCAUUCAAUUUCCCUUCACUGACAGUUACUACAAUCUGACGCUGAAAUCACUGGCCGUCCUGCGGUGGACAUCGUUGCACUGCUCCCGGGCCAAAUUCAUUCUCAAACUAGACAAUGACUGCUACGUCCGGGUGAAGCCUUUUAUUGACCAGUUGAAAGCACUUUCAACUGACGCACUGUACGGCCUCAAUCGCCGCAAUGACCCGGUCCUCCGGUCGGGCAAGUGGGCCAUCGAUCAGUGGUACUACCCGUACACUGUUUACCCGGCCUUUCAUCCAAGUGCCUAUCUCGUUCCUGGAACACUGGCACUUCCGCUGUACGAGGCGCUGCUCAGCAGCCCCCAGACUGACAUUAUACCUGCUCUUCCCUUUGAGGACGUCUACGUGACUGGAAUCCUAGCGGAGAGGCUCCGCCUGCCUCGGGCCAUUUUUCCCGGUAUGGGCGUGCUCUUUGACCGCCGGUACUCCUUCUUGAACUUGAUACAAUUUGGCAGUAAUGACCGGGAAGAUGUGCGGCUUCUGCGGACGCUGACGAUUGCCGCUGAGACGAUUGGCGACGAUGAUUUGAGGAGAAUUUGGCGGCAGAUUGGCGCUGAUUGA